GUCUUUAGAUGCUGGCCGCAAUCGCCACCAUGCAUCUUCUCUCAUUCUCUCUCAAUGGGCAACUCCACUGCGAACUCCUCGAAAACCUCAAUCGAAAAGCCGACUUUUGAAUGGAAAGAGUUUUUCCCGGACGCGCGUCUAGUCUAUAUUCGAAGUCUCGAAGAAGCAGAUCUUGAAGUGUCGCGUUUAGAUUCCCUCCACCCCGAUGUCGUCGUCGGUCUGGAUCUUGAAUGGAGGUCGAACGACAGGAAAGGUGAACCGGAGAAACGUGUGGCUUUGAUUCAGAUAGGCUGUGAAGAUACAAUACUCCUCAUCCAAAUCAGUGCAAUGCAAGCAUUCCCCGACAAGCUUCGCCAAUAUUUAGAAUCUCCCCAAAAGGUGAAAGUUGGAGUCGGGAUUCAAUAUGAUUGCAAGAAGCUGUUCCGCGACUAUCAAUUAUCCGUUCGAAGCUGUAUAGAUCUUUCCCUACUCGCACGUUCCGUUGAUUCGAGAUGGAAAGGCCCAUUCAGAAAUCCUAUAGGGCUCUCUCGUUUGACAGAAACGUACCUUGAUAGAUCGCUUGCGAAGGGACUUGUGACUAGGAGUAAUUGGGAGGCAGCUUUGUCUGAACCGCAGCUGGAUUAUGCUGCUAACGACUGCCAGUCAAGUUUGCUGAUCUGUUAUAAGCUGAUAGCUCGGGAGAUAGUCACAGAGCCGCCACCGGAGCCUGAUUUCUACACCUUUGAUGUCAUCAGAGGGGUUCUUCGAGACGCCUUCGGCAGACCUUGGUUUCCACUUAAUCCAUUCUAUGAUCCCGGUCCUCCGCCACCCAGGCCAAUUCCAAAGGAGACGAAGGAUGGUGAACCUGCGACUGCUCGCAGAGCAGGUGUGACAAGAAAGAAGGACUGAUCGCUCUGUAAAAUGGUAGAUAACCACAGUAGACGAGACUCAUGGAGACUGUACAACAAUACAAUACCCAUCGUGGAGCAUGCCCAGUCACAGGAUGGCAACGAGGAAUAAGGGCGGAGCCGAUAGACGACGGCUGGUUGCGACGGAGGAUUAGACCUCCGGCGCUGCGCGAUGUGCGCAUUGCGGGGCGGAAGCGCGGGGACUAAUAAUUAUUUACAUACAAAGCCGUCCUGACCUCAGCUACUGGCUGUCUCUGACCUCCUUCCCUCCUAUAUUCAUUCGUUUUCGCUC